AUGUCCACUGCCCACCGCGGGCCUCGUCACUCUCUCGGCGACCUAAAGCGGCUCAGUCAGUCUAUCGGGAGUGUCCGCGAAAGUCCCUGCAGGGAAGCGCACCAAAAUGCACCCGCAUCGCCCUCGCGCCUGUGCGCAGGGGGGAGAUUGCCAGGUGUGCUCUGUCGGCAUGUCUCGACGCGGCGCGGCGUGGGCCUUCGCUUGUGUCUUGUGAAGCAUCGGUGGAGAGACCUACGUGAGGAUGGGACGAAACCGGUGACAGCUGCGCCGCACGGUAACGGCCACGGAGAACGCACGCCUCACGCGAUGCCACCCCCCCCCCCCCCCUCCCUGUCUGGCGUCUGCCCCGCCCGAAGCGGUAACGGCCACGGAGGAUGCACGCCUCGCGCCGCCGCGCCGCCGACUGGCCUACACCCGCCGGAGCCGCGGCCUCCCUCCCGCCUUUGUCGAUCUUUCGGGGAACCAAAUAACAAUGAUAGCUUGUCGGCCGACGAGAUGAGAUGA